AUGGCGCCUCAUAGCACUGCAUGGUUAGUCAUUCCGCAGGGCGAUGAUGGAGUAGGGUCGCCGAGCGAUCUCAGAGGCCAAGGCGGCAUAAGCAACACUCGACUGCCUGCUCCUGGGGAGGAAGCGCUCGACGCAGAAUGGCGACGCCUGCGGGACAUUCGAGUUGAGCAUUCUGAAGACAAUAUUGAUUUUGAAGACCUUAUCGAAAUACUGCUAUUUGACCUGUCAAAUUAUGGCGAUGACAGGUUGCGAAGGCGGGCUUGGUCGUAUAUUGAUCCGCGGAUGCAUCCAAGAGCGCCGGCGUCGCGAGUGUGGAUAUAUGAAAUAGCAACGGCACCGAAUAUGCUGCUUCAUAACGGGCCUAGCUACCAUGGUGUCGAAUAUUUCUCUUUUCACGGUAUCGGGGGCAUAGUCUGGUCUCAGGUGGUGCGGUUUGCCGAACUCAGCCUAUCUCAUACCGGAAUCAGAGACCACGUCACCAGUUUAACCGAUCAGGACCCAUCAUUCCCAAGUUGGAUGAGUUCAGUCGAGUUCACAUGGAUGCAAAAUCCCGACUAUAACAGCCAAUGGGAGCGAUAUGGCGCCAUGCGGGGACUGCCUUCGGAUAUCUUUGACAACCCUCGAGGAACGACGCGUGUCCAGUUGGCGCGGGAGCUCAUGAGAGUGGCCACGAGUAGCCAAAUAGUCCCUGACCAACGGGACCGGGAAACCUUGCGACAGCUUCUCGAUUGGGAUGUAGAAAGAGAGCCCGAUCGCAAUUUCCCUCUUAUUCGUCAUGUACAACCUCCAAGACUUGACGCCUCAGCCUUGUCGCGACUGCUUCCGCAGAUCGACUGGUCCACGGUGCAAAUUCCGACGUCAUUACAGAUAGCACUGGCAUCAGGGCUUGCAAAUGCCGUGCAGUGCGACCUUGCGUUGCAGCCAUUUAAAGACUGGUUCUUCAGCAGAGGUUCAAGAGGUAGGAAGAGACAGGCGCAAAAGCCUGCCUGUGAUCAGCUGGGCGCUUUGAUCAAGGAUAUGAAGGACGUUCCGAAGCCGUGCCAGAAAAUCAAGAACAUUGAGUUCGGUUUCACCCUAGCUGCCAAUAUUUUGGACAUCGGAGAGGGAACCUGGGAUGACGUCGGCGGUACUCUCGAAGGCCCGGCGGGCAAGGCGGAAUUCAAAAUUGCCGAAGAGCCUGCAGCAGGAUUCUCAACAUGGGUUCCCGUGCAUAUGCGAAGUGGUUCCUCUACGUUGGAUACAGUCGACAUUACCGGCAUUACUCAAUUGACUCUCAAUGCAGAGGGCUUCUGGUUGAGGGAGGGACGCAAUGACCAGUUCCUAGUCCAAGAUAUCAAAAUCCGGGCCGAAUGCGCCGACCCCCGAUUUGUAGCUCAGGACAACAGAUACGUCGGGAUCAACCACUGGUACGGUCAUCCGGACAAUUGGAAGCUGACUAGAAAAGAAAAGAAGACGGUGGCGACUCUGCCCAUCGCGCUCAAAGAUUGGAAGUUUGCGCCUCCUUGCGCUGCGCUCAAGGACCUUGAAUACAGCUUCAAGGUAGGCGGCGGACCGCUUCACCUUUUCGCCGGAACUGACGACAAGGUGUCCUUUACUCUUGGAAAAGGCAAACCGGUGCUUCUGGGAGAGGGCUUUUCAUCGGGAUUUGACAAUACAGUCCGUAUUAACCUCAGCGAGACGUUUGGAAAAGACACUGUCGACAUCCGAGACCUUGACAAGCUUGAAAUUUGGGACGAGAAAAGAACUUACUCAGUUGAUGAGUGGUGGUUUCAAGGCAUUACCUUCAAGGGAACCUGCGCCGAGUCAUCCAUCAAGGUUGAAAUGACAACAUUCAGGGCCGUCGACCAAGAAGUUGGAUAUCAAGUUGGCACUCGGUCUGUUGGAGGUGGCAACAUGAACACUUUCUUGGCACUAGCAAAAGUAGCUUUACCGAUGAACGAUGACUUUGCGCCAAAGGAGGCCAACUUGGUCGACAAGACUUGCAGACGUGAUGGGAACGAAGCUCCCUGGAGAGCCGCACAUCAGAUGGGCAAGGGCCUUGACACGGCCACGUUGAAAGUGUUGAUGUUGGGUGGCAUCGCAAAAGUGACUCGUACCAGCUUCAGAGAAGAGCUGCCUGGCCCGGAGCAUCUUGACGUCUGGUCGCCGGCAGCAGAAGUCAACCGAAACGAACAGAAGCUGGAGGGGCACAACAUUCUCAUUCUCACACACUGGCAAGCCUCGAAUGUCAUCAAAGCGCGCAAGAUGAAUGCAAUGGCAUUGCUCCUGGCCUGCCUCGGCGUAGUUUUGGCGCUCUUUGGCGUGGCACUAUACGAGCACAUCUAUUCAACAACACUGUCCCUGCCAAUCUCUCCGGCAGUCACCAUCGUCACGGCUUUGCUCCCUCUCGCAGCUGCCACAAACAUGUUUUUUCAUCCACGACUCGCCAGAUCUGAUCGCCACCCGGCUCGUCUUCUCGGCCAAGCCUUGCAAGGCGGCCAGGCAAUCCUGACUACGGUCCUGGCGACUAUCCUCUUUUCCAACAUUCUCCCGUCAGCGGCCCGCGACUGCCUACUAUCAACCGUCUGGCAGCGCCUCUUUAGCGGCCAUGACGCCGCGUCGAUCCGCCGCAUUCAAGAUGCCCUGAACUGCUGCGGCUUUCAUACCGUGAGAGACAGAGCUUGGCCAUUUCCAAACCAGCACACCUCCCAACAAUGUGCCGAAACGUACAAGCGAGACAUGGCAUGCAUUCAGCCCUGGCGUGCGGCACUGCAGAUGAACUCGGGCAUCGGUUUUGGCGUUGUACUGUUCAUUGGGAUUAUCCAGAUUGCGAGUUUGAUUUCUAGGCCACCUGUCACUCCAUCUAGGAGAAUUCCACCGGGGAGGACGGUGCUCUACGCAGCAAACAAUCAAGAAAUAGAAGGGGUUUCGGAGAGGACUCGCCUCCUACCCGCAGCCGCAGGAGGCCCCGGGGAUGACGACACCGCCGAUGGUCACGUCACAGAUAGCCCCGAGCCCAGGCCUGAUCAAGCAACAAGUCCUGCUGAGAACGGGCGUGUGAGGCGACAGCUUCCGGAUGGAAACCCUUGGGCUGCUGAAUAG